AUGUCGGGGCCGCCGGGGCCGCCGGGGCCUGGAGCCCGCGCCACCCUCCGCCUCGCCCAGGCCCACUUCGCCAGCGGCGAGCACGCCGAGGCCGAGGCGCUGUACUCCGCGUACAUCCGCCAGUGCGCCUGCGCGGCCGCCGCGGGGGCGCCGCCCGGCAGCGAAUGCAGCCCCGAGGACUUGGCCACUGCGUACAACAACAGGGGGCAGAUCAAGUACUUCAGGGUUGAUUUCUACGAAGCCAUGGAGGACUACACGUCGGCCAUAAGAAUCCAGCCCGAUUUCGAGGUUCCCUAUUACAACCGAGGGCUGGUCCUGUACAGGCUGGGAUACUUUGAUGAUGCUUUGGAAGAUUUCAAGAAAGUAUUAGACUUAAAUCCUGGAUUUCAAGAUGCGACUUUGAGCUUAAAGCAGACUAUGCUAGACAAAGAAGAAAAGCAAAGAAGAAACUAUUAA